CUCAACGAACAUGGAGGCUAUCAAGAAGAAGAUGCUCAUGCUGAAGCUGGACAAAGAGAAUGCACUGGACCAGGCUGAGCAGGCUGAGACGGACAAGAAAGCAGCUGAGGAUAGGAGCAAGCAGCAUGAAGACGAGCUACUGCAGAUGCAGAAGAAACUGAAGGGAACAGAGGAUGAACUGGAUAAGUACUCCGAGGCCCUGAAAGAUGCCCAGGAAAAGCUGGAAGUGGCCGACAAGAAAGCUGCUGAUGCUGAGGCCGAAGUGGCUUCUCUGAACAGACGCAUUCAGCUGGUUGAAGAAGAGCUGGACAGAGCCCAGGAGAGACUAGCAACAGCCCUACAGAAGCUGGAGGAGGCCGAGAAGGCUGCAGAUGAGAGCGAGAGGGGAAUGAAGGUGAUUGAGAACAGGGCCCUAAAAGAUGAAGAGAAGAUGGAGCUUCAGGAGAUCCAGCUGAAGGAGGCCAAGCAUAUUGCUGAGGAGGCAGAUCGCAAGUAUGAAGAGGUGGCUCGUAAGCUCGUCAUCGUUGAGGGAGAGCUGGAGCGCACUGAGGAGAGAGCAGAGCUUGCUGAGGCUAAAUGUGCUGAGCUAGAGGAGGAACUGAAAAAUGUGACCAACAACCUUAAGUCUCUGGAGGCACAAGCUGAGAAGUACUCCCAGAAGGAGGAUAAGUAUGAGGAAGAGAUCAAGAUCCUGACUGACAAGCUCAAGGAGGCUGAAACUCGUGCUGAGUUUGCAGAGAGAUCUGUGGCCAAGCUGGAGAAGACCAUCGAUGAUCUGGAAGAUGAACUUUACGCACAGAAACUGAAGUAUAAGGCGAUCAGUGAGGAACUGGACCACGCCCUCAAUGACAUGACCUCCAUAUAAAUGUCUGGGAGCUCUGCCGUUCUCAAGUUGUUUCAAGACAGUACUGUCAAAAAUGUCCUGCUUUGUCUCAUUUUUCGUCUCUCUCCAACCCCUUCCCACACUUCCUUCCCACCCUCCCUUCCCACACUUCCUUCCCACACUUCCUUCCUUUGUUACCCCAG